AUGUUUUUAGGCUUCUUUCCUCUGCUUCUCCUUACAGAUGCAAUUGCUGAAGGGAUCCAGCAGAACCCAAAGCGGAAGGAAUUUGCUGAGAUCUAUGAACAUAUUCGAGAAAAUGACGUUCCUGUUCAGGAGGAAUGUAGUUUUCAGGCUGUCUUAAACCAUCUGAACAUGACCAAAAACAAUGAAAAGUACACUUUGAUCCGACCUGUGAAACACCACAACCGUUCAACAUGGGUCUUUCUUGAGAUGAAAAUCUACGCAAUCCUUGAUGUGAGAGAGACUGACCAGUCUUUCAUUUCGUAUAUUUGGAUUUAUUUGAGAUGGGACAAUGAACAUGUUUGGUGGAAUCCAGAACAAUUCUGUGGGCUUGAUCACAUCUUAGUUCCCACUGAACUUUUAUGGAUUCCUGAUCUGACCAUUGAAGAGAUGACAGAGCAGGACAGAGCCUCUCCAAGUCCUUAUCUCAGCAUUAGAAGUCACGGCUGGGUUGAAUUUAGAAAUGACCAGGUGGUAAUCAGCUCCUGCAAAAUGCAGGUUUACAGAUUCCCUUUUGACAUUCAGAGUUGCAACAUUUCCUUCAAGUCUAUCAUGCACCCCGAUGAGGAAAUAAUGUUAUACUACAACGGCAACGACACAGAGAUCACAGAGUGGUCACGUGAAGCCAUGCAGAAACAAUUUGAGUGGCUGUUUGUCAGCAUGACAGUCACAAACAAAACUGUCAACCAAUUUGGCUUCAACCAAACAAUGAUUAUCUACACUAUAAACAUGAAGAGGAGGGCUGUCCUCUAUAUUGCAAACUUCUUGCUGCCUGUUUUCUUUUUCUUCUGUCUGGACUUUGGCUCCCUCCUAAUGUCAGACACCAGUGGUGAGAAGGUUGGCUUUAAAAUCACUUUGCUGCUUUCAGUCACAGUGAUGCAGCUCAUCCUCAACGACAUUCUGCCCUGUUCAUCAGACAGGAUUCCCCUCACAGUGACUUACUGCCUUGGGGUUUUCACUCUUAUGAUGAUAAGUCUCUUAGAGACAAUUUUGGUGAUUCAUCUGAUUGGUAAAGAUGCACAACAGGACAAUGAAACACCUAACAAGCAAAGUAUAAAUGACAGUGAAGAGGAGAGACUGGGCCAUAUAACAUUGGUUAAAAACAUGUCAGCUGAUGAAACCCUUUCUUCAAAUAAAGAGGGUAGCACAAGUAAACAUACUGAGAUGCGCUUUGCGAUGGAAAAGAUUUCAGAUGAGCUUGAAAAGAACAAGAAAAUAAUAAGUCUCCUCUGCAGCACACAUGAAGAUAAGAAACCCGGCUACUGGACGAGAGUGGCUCAAAAAAUCAACAAGGUGUUUGCAUUUAUUUACAUCCUAACGGCAGUCCUGUUUUUGUUAACUAUCGCUAUAAUAUGGUAUCCUACUUAUGAACAGAAAUAAAAUAUGUUCAGAUAACUUUACUCUUCAUUAAUGUUAAUAAUUAGCUA